AUGGAUAAUCCUUUGGACUUCAAUACUGUUGUAUCAGAAAUUGAAGAGCGUUCUUUUCCGCAGCCUAAGAAAAUCAUUCGUGUUGGUAUGCCUAAGCCUAGUGUAGUUCGCCCUUUAAAGAUCGUCUAUGAAAAUGACGAUAUAGCUAAAGAUCGAGAUUAUAAUAAUUCAAUACGGAAAGAAUUUAAGGAUAAGGUUGCUCAAGGGAAUACUAACGUUAUGUUGAGAUAUAAAAACAAUAUGCCAUAUAUUGUGGAAAAAAAAUAUUUCUCGGGGUACUCAUCCAAAAAAGUAAUUAGUUUUUGUUACCAAAACGCUGGUGGCAUAAGUAAAUACCCUUAUUGGUUUAAUAAAGAACUUAAAGAAUUAUGUCGGUUGAAAACCACUGCUCAUUGCACGUUUAAAAACACCGGCAAACUUGAUGACUACCUUUAUUUUAAAACUUUGAGAGAUCGGUGUAAUGAACUAAUUGAGAAGGUAUAUGCCGAAUACAUCUCAAACGUCAAUCGUAGUAUGGUGAGCAAUCCAAAAUUGUUAUGGAAAUUUAUUAAUAAUAAAAAACAUGGAGAAUCUAACAUCCCCAACGAAAUGAAUUUUGGACAUCAAUGUGUUAAAGGUGGGGAAGAGAUAGCCAAUGCUUUUGCUCAAUAUUUUGCAUCUGUUUACGUAAAAGAUGAUUCCAAUAAAUUUGUUUGUGAUUUCAAAUCCAGUUACGAUGUAAAUGAUAUGGGUCUAAAGAUUUGUUUGUCUGAUAUUUUCGAUGAAAUUUCUAAAUUGAAAUCUUCGUGCAGUCCAGGUCCUGACGGUAUACCAAGUAUCCUUAUAAAAAACUGUAAGUUUGCUCUUUGUUCACCACUGCUUUUGUUGUUUGAAACCCCUUUGAGGGAUGUUGAACAUUACAGAGGUGUAUGUUGUCAAUCAGCAAUUCCAAAGUUACUUGAUUCCAUUGUAACUAGGCAACUUCAAUGGGCUUCGUCUUCAGUUAUCUCAUCUAAACAACACGGUUUCGUCUCUAACAGGUCCACAUUGUCGAAUCUCCUUGAAUAUCGAUCAUUUCUAAACGAAGCAUUGGUUAAUCAUUUGCAAGUCGAUUCAGUGUAUACCGAUUUCGCAAAAGCGUUCGACCGCGUUAAUCAUAAACUAUUACUUUUAAAGCUGGAUAAACUUGGUUUCAAAGAUAACACUAUCAAGUGGUUAGCAUCUUUUCUGUCAGGCAGGUGCCAGCAAGUUCGCAUUGAUAACUUUAUUUCAUCGUCUUUCUCUGUUCCAUCUGGUGUUCCGCAAGGUACUCAUUGCGGACCCGUUCUAUUUCUGUCUCUAUGCAAAGUUCUAACAAUCACAACUUACAAAAACUAUAUGCCUAAUAUUCAAAAUGAAAUCUCUUCUGAUCCGAAGAAAUUUUGGUCGUACAUUCAUAAUAAGAAAGGGAGUUCGAGAAUUCCAGGUCUUAUGUUUUAUCAAAACUCUGAAUUAUUCAACCCAGUUGACAUCGUCAACGACUUUGGCACAUUUUUCGACAGCGUUUUUACUGUCUCUAAUCCAAAUUUAAAUUUUAGUUUCACUGGUCCUGAUUUACCUAGUCUAACUGUUGCAAUCCCACAAAUUUCAGAAGAUGAAAUUCUUCAGUUGCGGGUUGGGGGUAACGAUGGUGUUCCUUUUAAUUUACAGCAGAUUGGCCCUUUGGUUAAAGAAGAAAGCAAAUCUGCAUAA